AUGGGCUCUAAAACAGCGGAAAAUGAGAGCCAAGGGGGUGGUAAUGCUCCUUCCAGCUCGACCAAGGCGAAUGUCACUGGUGGGGAACCACGAGGCGCCCACUGGUCCCGGGAUGGUGAUGGCACACUUGGAGAAGGAGAUGGAGAUGACGAUGCUGAUGGGGAUAAUAUCCCCUGUACUCUUACCUUGCCGUUGAGCUCGCAAACUGCACCCUCAACAAAUUCGAAGAAGAAACGAAAGAGGCCCAAGAAGAAAUCUUCCGUGUUGAAGCAAUGUUCACCACCGCGAAUUCCUCUUACCGAUCUCUUCCCUGAUCGCCGGUAUCCACAUGGCGAGGCUCAACUUUAUGGGCCUAUGGUUGAAAAUACAACCCGCACCCCCGCCGAGGAAAUCCGAUACCAGUCCCGUCAUCACAUCGAAGAUGACACCUUUUUGAAUGACUAUCGGAAGGCUGCGGAGGUACACCGCCAAGUCCGACGUUGGACGCAAGAGAGUGUUCAUCCGGGCCAGACUCUAACGGAGAUUGCUGUGGGAAUCGAGGAUGGCGUGAGAGCGCUGCUCGAUAAUGCCGGCCUUGAUACCGGGCAGGGUCUCACAUCCGGACUAGGCUUCCCCACGGGCUUGUCACUCAACAAUUGUGUUGCACACUAUACGCCUAACCCGGGCCAAAAGGAUGUGGUCCUUGACUCAAGUGAUGUCAUGAAGGUCGAUUUUGGCGUUCACAUAAAUGGCUGGAUUGUUGACAGUGCUUUCACGAUGUCAUUUGACCCAACCUAUGAUAAUCUGCUUGCCGCUGUCAAGGACGCGACAAAUACUGGCAUUAAGACUGCAGGAGUCGAUGUCCGCAUCAGCGAUGUUAGCGCUGCCAUACAGGAAGCAAUGGAAAGCUACGAGGUUGACAUCAAUGGACGGACCUUCCCUGUCAAGGCGGUGCGCAACAUCACUGGGCACAAUAUCGAGCAAUAUCGCAUUCAUGCCGGGAAAUCUAUACCAUUUGUCAAGAACAAUGACAACACCAAGAUGGAACAUGGAGAGAUAUUUGCCAUUGAAACAUUUGGAACGACCGGUCGUGGCUAUCUCUCUGAUGGGCCUGGGGUCUAUGGUUACGGUAAAGACCCAUCCGCACCAAAAAGGAUCACAUCGCACCUUGCCAGUGCCAAAUCCCUGUAUCAGAAAAUCAACGAAAAUUUUGGCUCACUUGUCUUCUGUCGCCGUUAUCUUGAACGGCUUGGCGUCGAACGUUAUCUGGCUGGUAUGAACAACCUUGUUUCUAAUGGGUAUGUCGAGAUGUACCAACCUCUGAUGGACAUUGAAGGAUCGUAUUCCGCCCAAUUUGAACAUACAAUUCUGCUGCGAGAGUCCUGCAAAGAAGUGAUCAGUCGCGGUGAUGACUAUUGA